UCUCAAGAUAGAUGAAAGAGGCGAAAGAACGCAAUUUGUUUAUAAAAAAUAAAAUUCUGAAAGGUGCUCUUGAUAAUGUUUCUUCUUCUUUCCAUCCUACCUUUAUUCACGCCAAUUUUGCCACCUUUGCCACCCUAAUUCACGCCUAUUCUCUCCCUGUCAAACUCUCUCCAGCACCAGAAAGUCUUCUCCUCUCAAUUCUCUUCUUCUUCCUCCUCCACCACAAACAAAUAGAGCUAGAAACAAAGUUGUGAAGGAGAGCAAGAAGAAGGAAGACAAUGACCCAACUCCGGUUAACUCUUUUCUAUGAUUAUCUCCUCUCUUUUGCCAUUUUCCUCUACUCCCAACCUCUUUACUUGGCCUAUCUCCUGUACUUCUCUCCUUACAUCCUCCAACUCAUCUCCUUCCUCUUCCCUCUUCUCCUCUCCACCUCCAUCUUCCUACUGCUUUUCUCCCCUCACUCCUUGACUGAAGGUGAAGACGUCACAGUUUCUCUUUUAGAUCAAUUGGCUACUUUGGUGGUUUCGGCAGUUGGCAAUGUCUUUGAGUGGGAGGUUGAGGCAAUGGGUGAGCUUUACGAUAAUGUGGGUUUAAACUGUGAGGUUGGAGAAGCAGGCCCAUCUAAGGUUAAUGUGGAAAAUUCAGCAGAGACUGAUGCUUUGCAGUCAAAUUCUGUUAGUGGAGAAAGAGUUAGUUUGAAGGGCAGUGGAUUUGAGCCAGAAGAUGCCAUUGCCGAGGUUGGCAACUGUGAAGUCGCAAGAGAACCAGUCGAGUUUUCAUUGAAGAGUUCUGAAAAAGACAAGCUUUUAGAGUAUGAUGCUAGCCACAGAAUGAGCAAUUCUAGUGCCAAAUGUGAUAUGAGGGAGGAACCAGCUGAGUUUUCCUCAGAGAAGUCUGAAAGAAGCGAGAAUUCGGAGUCUAAUUCAGGUACUGGAGACGAAGUCUUUGUGCCUCAAACGCCUGACAGAACCUCUGAAAUUAUUGUGAAUUCUCCUUUGGCGAGGAGAGUGAAGAAACGAGGCGAAUCUUUUCACAGCCUAUCGAGGAGUGGUUCUAUGAGGACUCGAUCAAUGAGCAUGUCAGCCGAGUUUUAUGAAUGUUCUAGUUCGAAUUUUGAAGUUGAAGGCCCAAAGAGUUCUGAGAAAAAUGAGCUUUCAAAGUCAAGAUGCCCGAGCAAAAUGCAAGAAAAUCUUAGCAAGUCUCUUUCACUUAGAAGCAAAGAUCUACAAAGAGAAGGUUCGAUGAGGAAGGAGAAAGAAUGGAGGAGGACACUAGCUUGCAAGCUGUACGAGGAGAGAAUGGCAUUCAAGAUACAAGAAAAGAGAACAACAGCCGAGGGAGCUGAACAGAUGGAUUUGUUAUGGGAGACUUACGAGUCUGAUGCUGACGGAGCCAACAAAUCCAAGAGCAAAGGGAAGAAAGGAAAGAAAGAGUCUUAUAUCGAUGGAGAGGAUGGCGACGAGGAAGAAGAGGAAUCCGUGUCAAGGUUGUGUUGUCUUCAGGCAUUUAGACUGUCGUCGGGUAGGAUGAACUUGGGAGUAGGGAGGCCUAACUUAGAGAAGAUUUCAAAGGCUUUCAAGGGAUUUGGCUCGUUUCGUCGCUCAAGCAGUAAUAGGAGCAGAAAAGGGUGAAGAAUGGCACAACUACUUGCAGAAAUAAGGUAGAAACUUGAAUUUCAAUGUAAGUAGAAAGCAGCAAAUUAAAACAUGGGUAAAUAUAUAAACUCAUGUCUAUAAAAGGUUUUCUUGUUCAGUUGAUUUCAAUUUUGUAACUGAAUGAAAUUUGCAAAUUAUAUUUACUCUGUUAUUUAUUAAUCUAAAUUUAUUGUUGUGGUGAA